AUGGUGAUCGUGUACUUUGGGCAGCGCGGCGCGCGGAACGUCAUCGAGUUUGGUGACGAUUCCCCCUCACGGUGGGUCGUCUUUGCUGCACCGGCGAAGCUAGGCCCGAUCAGCGAGCUGAGAAAACAGCACGGCGUAGCACUUGCAUGGCUGCGCGACCGCCUCGGGCCAGUCGACGGACCAAAGGCUCGUGAAAGCUGGCUGCUGCGCAUGCUCGCGAGCUGCAACUGGGAUCGCCGAGCUGCCCUGAAAAAGUGCCGCGCAUCCUUCGCGCUGAGCAAAAGGAUUGGGUACGACAGGAUCGCAAAGUUUGUGCGCGAGAACCCGAGGCCCGAGACGUGGCCGCACGGCGAUGUCGUCCAGCGCCAUCUCCCUCGCUACUUCACCCGUACCGACGCCGGCUUGGUCGUCGUCGGCUUGGUCGACACCGACUACGACGCUGCAUGCAAGUCGUUGAGCCCGGCCGACUUCCGUGAAUUCUGCUGGUAUGCUGCCGUCUUCCUGAUUGAGCUUCUGGUGGAGCGAGACGAAGCGAGCGGCGAUAUCGAUGCGGGACUGUACCAUAUCAUGGAUACUCAGUUCACCAACGGCGUCCCCCUUCGCUGGCUUCUGAGAAUGUAUCCUGCCUUCUACGACGGCGGCACGCUGCUCGGCAUCAACGCGUAUGUUCGAGGGUGGUACUUUUGCGGUGCAAGACCCGUGCGCGCUCACAUCAUCAUCAUGUGCCAGCGGGUACGCGCGUAUUUCCUGGGGCGAAGCGAGCUGAUGAAGCUCAUCUGCUUCAUUCAGCCGCAGCGCGACCCGAAGCAGGCGGCGUCCCUGCAGCGCCUCUUCGAGCCCAAGCCGCUGCCAGUGAACUUUGGCGGCUUCUCCUGA